AAGAUCUAACAGAACAUUUCGGAGAUUGGCAUGCUAUGCGCAGAUUUUAGCCAUUUUCCGACAUUUACAAAGUGGUUCUUCUGAUAUUUUAUAACAAGACUUCGUGACAAGACAGAUAAUUUACCAUUCAUCACAAAUAACAGAAGUUUUUCGCUUUCAAAAUAAAAGACUGAAAAUUUAGUCAGAAAAUAUGGUAAAAGAAACUGGGUACUACGAUCUUUUGGGAGUGAAGCCUACUUCAACGCCAGAUGAAAUCAAGAAAGCUUACAGAAAAUUAGCCCUGAAAUUUCAUCCAGAUAAAAAUCCAAAUGAAGGAGAAAAGUUCAAAGCAAUCAGUCAGGCAUAUGAAGUAUUAUCAGACGUUAAAAAACGUGAAACCUACGACAGGGGUGGCGAGGAAGCUAUUAAAGGGGGUGGCCAUGGAGCCGAUUUCCACAACCCCAUGGAUAUAUUUGAUAUGUUCUUUGGCGGUGGUGGAAGACAAAGGGGACCAAAGAAAGGCAAAGAUGUUGUUCAUCAAUUGAAAGUGUCGCUAGAAGAUUUAUACAAUGGUGCAACACGAAAAUUAGCUUUACAGAAAAAUGUUAUAUGUGGUAAAUGUGAAGGUCGUGGAGGUAAAGAAGGAGCUGUAGGAAAGUGUCGUAUUUGCAAAGGAACAGGGAUGCAGGUCAGAAUACACCAACUGGCUCCCGGUAUGGUACAACAGAUACAGACUGUUUGUUCUGAGUGUCGAGGGGAAGGAGAGAGUAUUGAUCCCAAACAUAUGUGUAAACAUUGUAAUGGUAAAAAGGUCACGAGAGAAAGAAAAAUUCUGGAAGUUCAUAUAGACAAAGGAAUGAAAGAUGGAGAAAAUAUCCGCUUCACUGGCGACGGUGACCAAGAGCCAGGGAUAGAAGCAGGGGACAUAAUCAUUGUGCUAGAUGAAAAAGAACAUGACAGGUUCCAGCGGCAAGACCUUGACCUUAUUACCGAAAUGGAAAUCGAAUUAGUGGAAGCUUUAUGUGGAUUUCAAAAAACUAUACAAACACUAGACGAUAGAACAUUAGUUAUUACAAGUCUUCCUGGUGACGUUAUCAAAGACAAAGAAAUCAAAUGUGUCAUGAACGAAGGUAUGCCAAUUAAACGUGAUCCAUUCGAAAAAGGACGAUUAGUAAUUAAAUUCAAAGUGAAAUUUCCAGAGAACAAUUUCUUACCAGCAGACAAAUUGACACAACUGGACAGUUUACUUCCUCCUAGAAAAGAGGUCAUAAUUCCUGACGAUGCCGAAGAACAUGACCUUGAGGAUUAUAAUCCACGCGAUCGUAGACGUAGCAGACAAAGAAAUGCACAUGACGAAGAUGAUGACGAUGAAAUGGGACCAGGAGGACAGCGAGUGCAGUGCGCAUCGCAUUAGAAUCAUAAACUAAAAAAUCAUUUAUAUUCAAGGCUAAUUCAUAUGCAUAUGAAAGUUUUGAAAACAUUUUUACAUAAAUUUCAUGAAUUUUGUGAUGAUUUUUAUAAUCUUGUCAUAUUUUCCAAUAUUUAUAAAGAAAAUCAAAUAACUUCUAUAUGACAGCCAUUAUUUAACAGAACAUGUAUGGUGUACUUAAGUCAGUAUAGAAAACUUCCUUUACAAGAAACUAAUUUAUAAAUUUUGUUGAUGUUACUAAGGCCAAAAUAUAUAUACCUGUUUUGUUCCCAGCUAAGGCCAAAAAAAUAUAUAUGUCUGUUUCCUGCUUCCAAGUCAAAUAAAUCGGGGUCGGUAGGUCGGGAUUUUUUUUUUUUUUUUUUUUUUUUUUUUUUUUUUGCACUCCCUGUUAGAUUUGCAGUCAGUUAAAUGUCAUGUCUGGUUAGGGUCCUGUACCCCAAAAUGAUUUAAUCUCUUUUAAAGAAGCUUUAAUUGAAUAAUCCUCGCAGUGCUGACAUUUUUUAAACCUUAGUUGUAGCACAUUUGAGCUGGGAGCAGCCAUUUUGAUUGUUUGGGCAUAGUAAGAUACGGAUCUGGACCGGACCGGAAACGUUUUUUUUCCGGAAUUGAAUAAAAAAUUCUAGGCUCGGCGGGUUUGAGUCAGGGUCGGUCAGGAAACAGGAAACAUACAUAUAUUUUUUUUGGGCCUAAUCACAAUCAUAUGCACAUGUUUGAUUCUCAAAUCGUAAAAUCUUAGUGCCUUGACAAAAUGAGAAAAAGCAUUAACUCUACAUUUAUGAAUCCUAUUUCCUCUAGUUUACCCAGUCAGAUUUGUUAUACCCAAAAACUCCAACAACGUAUAAUAUAUUUUUAGAAAUGGAGGUAGAAAACAGACAUAUAUAUUUAUGCAUUUUGGCCUAAAGGCUGUUCCAGAAAAAUUCUUAGGAGGUCUUUGGAGGCACUUCAAUGCUGCAAUGAAAAGAUUUAUUUGGGGUCUAAAUAAAAUUGCGCAAUUAGUAUGUAGUUCAAUGUUAUGGGUGUUGGGGCUUUUUUGCACCAGCUAUUUAAAUUUUUGAUCAAAUUUAUUUUCCACAUAGAAAAUGGAUAUUUCAUGUCUUUUCAUAACUUUUUUUGACAAGUUGAAAAUACAUGUGUUCAAUGGAAAACUCAAAUCAUUGUGUUGUUUGGUAUUUUUUUUUUUUUUUCUUAAGUCAUACAACAAAAGAUGGUCUGUGGUUAUUGAAAAAAAUAACAACUUAUCCAAAAAUUCAAAUUUAGACAAAAAAAAUAUUCAGUUCGUGAAUUAACAACACUGAUAAUUUAACUCAUAUUCAUAAGCUAGGCACAUUCACGAAUGUGUUAUUCUAUCACUGGUUGAAUAUUUUCUAUAUUUGAAUUCAUUGAUUUGUCAUUUUAUAACUAUUGUGGUGCAUGCAUAGGAAUUCAUGAUCAUUCACUGUGGAUUCAUUAUUUUUCACUGGAUAUCACUUUUUGUGGAGUUUAUGAACCAGAAAUUCAAAUAUUCAACAAAUCACAAAUUUUUAACAAGAAGACUUUGGGAAAACCAUGAAAUUUAAUUUGUAAGAGCUUAAAAUGUUCUGACAUGUCAACAUGUAAAUUAAGUCUUUAAAUGUUAUAAUUUAUUGAUGUCAAGGCUAUAACUUUUGUUCAUUUUUUGUGAUUGAUGGAAAACUAACACCUGUUUUAAGGUUUGUGUUUUGACAUAUGGUUGUCAUGUGUGACGUUUGGUUGCUGUCUCAUUGGUUAUACUGUGGAAUCAUAUUCGUGGAUAUUUGAUUUCUUAAUAUUGCCAAAAUCUGUAUACAAAGCCUAUUGAAAAUAUGAACAUUUGUUGAAUAUUCUAAUUCGUGGUUCACCUGUAACCACAAACCCAAGAAAAUUGCAAGUACUGUAUAUAUGUGUUUUAAGUUCUUUUAAUGAAAGUAUAAAAGUAUCUUGUGUCUCUAUAAAAUUAAUACAUCUAGAAACUUUGUCUUUGAAUUGAGACAAAAGAUGUAUUGUGAAUUGUUUUUUUUUGUCUGUAUUUGUAAAUGAAUUCAGUGGCUUUUUUGUUUGUACUUUAACCAGAAAUUUAAGGUGGUACCUAACACUACAGGGAGACAACUCUGUAAAAUCAGCAUAAUGUUUUAAUUAUGUUGUUUUGAUAAGGGAAUAUUAAGCUUCUCAAUGAUCAAAAUAAGUGUUUGUCAAGCUGCUAUAUAACCAGUGUAAUUUUUCUGAUAAAAUGGUUGGUUCAAAAUUUUUGAAUUUUUUAUAUUUUUGUCAAAGGGCUCAAAUUAAAUACUUUGUCAAAAUUUUAAGAAAAUUAAAUGAGCCAAAUUUCUUUUAGUUAAAGUAUUGGGUACCACCUUAAGUGUUCAACAAAGUUCAAAUUUUCUACAUGGAAAAAAAACCAUGAAAAUAAGUACAUUGAAUUACAAUAUUGUAUUUUCUUAAUCAUAUGGCUCAAUGGACCAUGGACAAUAACAUGAAUAAGCUAAAUCCAUAAUAUUGUUUAUACUACUGUUGAUUCAUUAAUAUUUGUUGGAUACCAAUUUUCCUGGAUCUCUUGGAUACAGGGGAACUACAAUUUAAAUGUUCAACGAAAUACAAAUUUUCAACAGCAGAGUAUAGUAACUUUGCCAAAACCAUGAAAUCAAAUAUCUAUGCAUAUGCAAAAAUUAAAUAUCUAUGAAUAUGCAAAAAUAAAAUAUCUAUGAACAUGCAAAAAUUAAAUAUUUAUGAAUAUGGAAGUUUUCAUCAAUCCAUAAAAAUUGGUACCCACGAAAAUAAAUGAAUCCACAGUAAUUUAUUGACAUUCGUAAUCUCUGUAAUCAAGACACUAUAGUCUAUAUAAAUGUAAAUGUCAUGAAUUCAAAUUGAGACUGCAGUGACCUGUUUUAUCUUUUUUGAUGCUGUGAUUCAAUCUGUAUAUUUAUCAUGUUGAAAAUGAAACAUUGUAAUUGUUAUGUGUUUUAUAUUAUUCUACAAUUAAAUGUGGAUUCUUGCAUGAAUUAUGUUGUAGAUGUCGAUUAAAGUGAGAUAGUGUGGAUUCAUUAUUAUUCGUUGGACACCAAUUUCCCUAGAUUUCAUGGGUUCAGGUGAACCACAAAAUUAAAAACUAAUAAUAAAAUUCCCAUUGGCUUGUAAGCAGAGACUUCAGUGUAACCAUGAAAUUAAAUAUCCGCAAACAUCUAAGUUUGACUUAAUCUACAAAAGUUGGUACCAACGAAAAUAAAUGAAUUUACAGUAUGCAUUGACAAAGGAUAUUAAACCAGUAAAAAACUUGUCUGGUCUCUAAACAUGGUAAAGUGCUGUGUUUACUAGACCCAAGUGUCUAAUAAAAUUUUAACGAUC